UUUCCCCUCCCUCUCCCGCCCUCCCCCUUUUUCGUGCCUUGAGGUUGCGGGUCAGCGCGAGCCACUGCAGUGAGUCCGUCACGGCUCCAGCGCGGGCGCGAGCGCGAGGCUGCAGCCCCCGAGCCGCCUGGCCUCCUCUCCCCUUUCUCCUCGCCUCUCUGUCUGUCCCCCUCCUCGCCGUCUCUCCUCCCGCGCUCUCCGUCUCUGAAUCUCAACCUUAAUUUCUCUCCUGCCCGCCCGCUCCCGCCUGCCCCGUCACCCGGCCGUCGCGGUCCCCGCGGCGCCGCCUCCCCUCCCCCAGCCCGCACCCCCUCCCCCGCGGGCGUCCCGAGGGCCGCAGCCGCCCCAGCCCAGCGUAGCCCGGCCGCCGCCGCUGCUUCCUGCGGGAGCCCGUCUCAGCGCCGACACUCUCCUCCGCGCGAGCGAGCCGCCGACCGCCCAGCAAAAUGGGAAAUGAGGCGAGUUAUCCUUUGGAAAUGUGCUCACACUUUGACGCUGAUGAAAUUAAAAGGCUAGGAAAGAGAUUUAAGAAGCUCGAUUUGGACAAUUCUGGGUCUUUGAGUGUGGAAGAGUUCAUGUCUCUGCCUGAAUUACAACAAAAUCCCCUAGUACAGCGAGUAAUAGAUAUAUUCGACACAGACGGGAAUGGAGAAGUAGACUUUAAAGAGUUCAUUGAGGGAGUCUCUCAAUUCAGUGUCAAAGGAGAUAAAGAACAGAAGUUGAGGUUUGCUUUCCGUAUCUAUGACAUGGAUAAAGAUGGCUAUAUUUCCAAUGGGGAACUCUUCCAGGUGCUGAAGAUGAUGGUGGGGAACAACCUGAAAGACACACAGUUACAGCAGAUCGUAGACAAAACCAUAAUAAAUGCAGAUAAGGAUGGAGAUGGAAGAAUAUCCUUUGAAGAAUUCUGUGCUGUUGUAGGCGGCCUAGACAUCCACAAAAAGAUGGUGGUAGACGUGUGACUCUUCUUUAAAGAGUACCGCCCAACACUUUUGCUUUCUUCUCCAUCUCUGAAGAUCUGCUCAAGACGUCCAGCAAUGCUCUCUGUGUAUUUAAAUGGAAGUAUUUUUCUCUGUGAAGCCACAUUUUCCAACAUGAGCCUCAUAAAGCCAACUAAGUGUUAUUGAACUCUUACCCUCUCAAUAACUCAGUGUAGCACUGUAAGGUCUGAAGGACAGCACCAUGAAAGGAGCAUAUCAAUAUGGUGAAGAAAGGGAAGGGGUUGGCUUUUUAAUUUAUUUUUCUUCAUCUUUUAUAACAAGAAAGUAUCUAUAUAUACAUAUGUAAAUAUUUAUAUAUAGAUAUAUGUAGCUUUCUAUAUGUGUAGUAGGUUGGCUUUAAUUUAAUAUACUUGAUUCAGAAACAAAACGAUAGAGUACAGAAGUGCCAAGCAGAACAUCAGACACCCUUACUUUUAUUUCACACCGUUUUGUGUGUAGGUGGAAGACUGUACAAUGUGAGCCGGGGGUCAGGCCAGCUGAUUUCUUUCUCCUGCGCUUUCUCCUUUGAGAGAUUGACAAAGCAUUUGUUACCAUCUUAUCAUUUACCUUGAUGACUUUUUUGUAACCGAGGAGUGUGUAGCUUUAUUUAUACCUGCGGCAUCCUCCCCGGGACUGGGCCUCGCCCCGAGCGGCUGUCACCGCGUCUCUGCUGGGGGAGGGCGUGUGGCCGGCGUCGCCGCCGGGAGCCCGCUCCUGUCCGCUCCCAGCGUGGCUGCGCGGAGCGUGCGGCCGCUUCAUCCUGUCACUUCACGGCUAGGAGCCAUCACAUGCUUAGAUGUCCCCGAGUGAGCGUAGCUUAGUUGUGAUUUUAUUCGUAAAGGACAGAAGCUGUCCGAGGCAAUCCUGAUUUAUCUUAGACAACAACUUAAUAAGAGUUCCUGAAGUAAUCAUGGAACUGCUUAGGAUGUCUGUUUAUUUGUUUCAUUACAUGGAUGGCAAAUUGUCAUUAAGCUUACGUUUGAGCCAGAAAUUUCCCUUCUGUGUUUCAAGAGACUGCAGCUAAUCUGAAAAACUGGUGAUACUUACCGUGCAUGUGUCUCCGUUCACCCACAUAUGCUUAAGGCUUGCGGGAGAAACCUUAGUAAUCUGUAUCCCACAAAAGAGCAAAAUUAUGCCCGAACUGAUCCCUCUUACAUUUCUUUACCACAAGGCAUAGGGAGAGUGCAUGGGGGUUUUCUUGAUUUGCCCGCAUAUGUAACAGGUGACAUCAUAAAUGUGUGUGACAUAAAAGUAGUGAGCCGUGCUCCACCUCUUGGUACCAUCCCUUCCCUCUUCUGCAAAGGUACUGUUGGCUGGAAGACGACAUUCUGGUUAGCUUUGUAGGACUGUAGUCUUUCCCUGUAGACUUUUCUAGGAAACUGGUUUUCUCAUCACGAGUGGGGAAGGGCAGGUCGGAUCAAGGUGAAAGAAUGUCACCCUGGGCACACCCGCCUGCCCGCGCUGUUCCUUCAACUGAGUGCUGCACGCCGUGGGCUCUGUCUGGGAGAGAAGUCCCGGUGCUUGGUGUCCUUGCAUGACAUGGAGUUUUGCAUGUAGAUCGAUUUCAAAUGUACCUCUUGUUUACAUAAUUUGCAUAAUUUUAAAACAUAAUGUUGCCAAACUUUGGAAAUGUUCAUGUUCAGACUGAAAAUCUCCACUACACGUAACUUUCUUCCUCUGGAUCAGUACGUGGCUUAUAACCCCAGCCAGUGGUUUGAUCUGUUCCAGUGUCAACUGCCAUGUGCUCUGCUUCAAGGGGGGACUAGUCUUUUGUGAAUUUUUUGUACAUAAGUAUUUGUUACAAAUAUUUUAGCAAAUGCUUUCUAUUUCUCUUGCUUGUGCAUAUCUUGGCUGGCGUUACAGAAAAAUAGUGCAAACAUUAUUUCCUUACUGGGGAAUGGGGUUUUCUUUCUUUUUUUAGCGUGUGUGGGUGGGUGGGGGAGGGAUGGUUUAUGUUGAAUGUUUAGUUUUUCUUCUGCAUGAAACAUCAUGUUGUGGGAUCUUUAGAAAACUUCAUACUAUAUGAAUAAGAAAAUAAAAUAUUUGAAACUUG